GUGCAAGCUCGCCUAAGACCCGAAACUGAUCGUGCGCUGUGUAAUUCUGCCGUGCAACAGAAUGGAGCUCUUCAUUUACACAACUUUCUGCUGCGGAAUGUUAGCGACCACAGGGUAUGGCUUUCAAAUCCAAUGUUAUCAAUGUGAAGAAUUCCGAUUAAACGACGAUUGCUCAUCUCCGGAGUACAUCGCAAACUGUACAGUCAACGUCCAAGACAUGUGUUUGAAAGAAGUGAUUGUCAAAAGUGACGGAGUUAUGUACCGGAAGUCUUGUGCUGCUUCUACAUCUUGCCUCAUUACGUCUGCAGGUUAUCAGUCAUUUUGUUCCCCAGGAAAGGUGGGAUCUGUGUGCAUCAGCUGUUGUAACACUCCGCUCUGUAAUGGACCACGCCCCAGGAGGAGAGGAAACUCAUCAAUGUCUCCCAGAGCAAGUCUAAAACUCUUAGCUGCUGUUGGAAUGCUCACAUCAACACUUCUAACAUAGACUCAUAAAGUGAAGGAAACUUUGCAAAGAU